AGGAAGGGUUACCAGACCCGAAAUGUUAACUCUGAUUUUUUCCUCGCACUUCUGCGAGACCUGCUGAACUUUUCCAGCAACUUUGAUUUUGCUCUCUCCAACUCUGCUGCCUUGACUCCACACUGGGCUCACUGGCUGACUGCCAUGAGUCUGUGCUGGGCCUCCUUGCUACUGCCAAUUUUGCUGCCACGACUGAGCACUUCAACAAGAGUUAAAUAAGAUAAAAGAUAAAGAAAUGGGGAAAAGUGAGAAAAGAGAAAAAAAGAAAAGAAACAAAAAGAAAAAUGGAUGGAGCAGACAAGCUGAAGGCUCAGAAGCCCUACGCCGUCGCCAUCUUACCGGAAGCCAGCUGAAAGCUCUUAGUGGGCUUUGCACGUAAUCAGUUGGAAGACAUGGGUGAUUUACUGUGAUGGUUAAUAGAUGGACAGAAAAAAACUGCUGAUUUGAUUUCUACUACAGACACGUGUCCAAUGAAAUUUCUUUCAGCACAAAGGAAUGCAAGAAAAGGGCCACCUGAAAAAUGUCGAAGUGUAUCUGUUUGUUCAACAGACAAGACUUGUGUGGACUGGCUCUCGAAGAAGUCAUUUGCAUAUCUCCAGGAUAAAGCAGAUAAAGAAUCCUUGGAAGUUAGUGCUCUUUGUCAGCCCUUGUAUGAUGUGGAAGAAUGCUUUAUCAAGGAAUUGGAUAAGUAUAUAGCCUAUAAGGAGAUGCUAAACUUGAGGAAGAAAGAACUACUGUACAAGAAAUGGAAUGACUACAUCUAUGAACCAAUACAGUGGAAAAUCAAGGCAAAAUUAAAUCAGUCAGUUGACAAAAGACGUCCUGCAGUUUUACAGUAUUUAGACUACUGCAAUAAAAAGGAACCUGUGUUUUUGGAAGAAUAUAACCCAGAUGACUUCAAUCCAUUCGUCCGCCAUCUGUGCAAGCCUCAUACAUUUAAGACAAGGACUUCAACUCUCAAUGAUCCUCUGCUAUUUCAAGGAAGAAGCAAGACUGAGGAAGACAAUGCCAUACUGCAAUGUCAGAAAGGUAAAGUUUACUCUUUAAAAGAAACUGAAGAAUUUCACAAGGCACAACUACCUCUGGUUCCAUUGGGUCGCCAAUAUGUUGACUGCAAUACAUGGCUCCGUGUACCACUAGGCUAUAUUGAGAGUGAAGUUCGACAAAGAAGCAGGAAACGGAUGAUUUGGAGAAAUAGACACCUGUGAGUUCAUCAUACAUUUUUACUGAGAAGAUGCAGAUUUGUAAGAAGCUUUUCCAGGACUGAUCUUCCACACCACGGAGGAGCAGACGUUCCAGGAUAGUUUAGUUUAGUUUAAUGUGUGUCCUAGGCCAGGUCCCGAAAGUAGUCUUUGUCUCAGUUGUACCACAACUACCUCCAAAACUAAUGGGUUAUAAAAUGUUACAUAAUGUGAAUGCAGAAUUUUAUUAAUUUCUUUAUUAUUAUAGAAUCCCUAACAGGGUGGAAACAGGCCAUUCGGCCCAACAAGUCCACACUGACGCGCUGAAGAGAAUCUCAUUCAGAUUCACCCCCCUACUCUAUCUGUAACCCUGGAAUUCCUAUGGCUAAUCAACCUAAUCUACACAUCCUUGGACACUAUGGGCAAUUUUAGCAUGGCCAA